AUGGUGAAAGACUGUGAAGUGAGGCUUAAAGGUUUCAUGAAUAAUACUUCAUAUGAUCUUCAAAUCCUUAAACACUUUGGCAUUGGCUGUAGAAAGGUAAAAACUAUAAAAGCUAUUGAAUGUUCCUUCUCCCUCCCUGAUUUGGAUAAGAUAUUUUGCUGUGAUGGAGCAUCAAGAGGGAAUCCAGGUUGUGCAGGUUAUGGGUUUAUUGCUAGAGAUUAUGCUAGUAAUUUCAUUGCAGCUGAGAGUGGUGGUCUGGGCAUAUCAACUAAUUUUAUUGCAGAAAUCAUGGGGAUUAUAUGUGCAUUGGAAUGGGCUGUCCAAAAUUCUAAAGAAGAAGUAAUUAUUAAUCCAGAUUCUACAACUGCCAUCAGAGCAUUCAUGAGGAACAAUUUUCCUUGGUAUGUUUGGAAUAGAUGGAAAUAUAUAUGCAGGAAAAUCAAAUCUAUUCACUUCAACCAUGUCUACAGAGAAGUAAACUUCUCUGCAGAUUUCUUUGCCAAGAAAGGAGUUCAUCUGCCAAAGGGUGAAGUGAUAAAAUUUGCAACUAGACCUUCUCAGAUGCAUAUAAUGGAAUUUCCAACUAGACCUUGA